AUGAGCAGCGACGAAAGUGCGAUACCGCUUUCAAAUGGAUUGCACCAACAACGUGAGAAGGAUCAGCCCUUGGCUGGCAGAGAAGUAGAUAAACCGGAGAAGGCAGAGUCUGAUCUUCGAUUUUGGGACUUUCCUGUGACGGAUAUCGUCGAAGUACGGUCUGGGUACAGUACUGACAAUCUGCACAAAGCUGCAAAGAAGUACGAAUUUCAGGAAGCAGCACCGGAAGCCACUUGUUUCUCUGUGAUAUUUAGUCAUGCCAAGUUUCUGCACAAAUCAGUGGAUUUUGCGGCCAAUAAGAAGCAGGAUCGCGAUCGAUGGGUUUCCGCAUUAACGUACCUCAUCUCAAAGGUCAGGGAGCAAAGGGCUCACUUCAACGAGCAAACAAGUUUCCGCGAGGCUGAUACCAACAAAAAUGGUACACUUUCAUUCAAUGAGCUGUGGUCUUUGCUCAAGAAAAUGAAUCUGGAAAUCAGCGAAAAGUACGCUAGGGCCAUGUUUAGGGAAGCCGAAGAGAAAUCGACUCGUGACGGCGUGUUGGACGAGAACGAGUUUCUCAGGUUUUUCGAUUGUCUGACAGAACGUCCCGAGCUGCACCAUGUGCUGCGCAUGGCGAGCAGCGAAGGAGUGGAAGGCGUGACAGUGGCCGAUCUGCAGAAGUUCCUCACGGAAGAACAAGACGUGAGUGGCCAAAUACCAAACCUACCUAGAGUUUACCCGACUGCUCACGAUCAC